GCGUAAACCCCGGCAAGAAGCAAUCACACACAUCAACUCCUCCUCUUCCCGCCCCGCCUUGUGCAACCUUAACGUGGCGGCAGCCGUAGCUAACAGCAGACAUUUUCCGCUGCCAUCUUUUUCACCCCACAACCACACGCACGCACGCGGAGCGACGCCACCACGCCCACUCCACCGUUCCACGAUGCCGUCUCGCGUGACUGCCACCGCUGUGCUGGCCGUCUGCGUUGUUGUCAUCCUGGCCACGGCAUUGCCACAUGCAUCUGCCAGGCCUGUUCCUGCCAAUGGCAAGAAGAAGAGCAGCUUUGCUGGACCAGCCCACGCGUCAAACUUUGGCGCCACGCUCAAGAAUUUCCGAGGGGGACGCCAUGGCGCGAGCAAACCAGCUUCCAACAAACACGCUCAAGACACCAAGGCGGAUCCCCAGUCCGUCUUUGAGGCCAUCAUCUCUCACACUGCUGACGCCAAGGCAGCAUACAAGCCCCAGGACGCACCACCAAGGAAGAAGCUCACCAUGGACAACCUCAAGGAGGCUGCGCCUUCUGCGUUUGCAGAGUUCAACCUCCUGAGCGAUCAGGCCAAGCAGGCAGCAAAGGAGAAGCUUGAGAAGCUGAGCAUGCCUGUGGUGGAUGGACACACCCUGCACUUCGGCCAGGGCGGGGAGGUCCACGUUGCCGACGACUUUCCCGUUCCACCUGUGACAAAGGAGGAUGUCGACGUAGCGCACUCCCGCGGCCGCCGCUAUCUCACAGACAACCCGCCGUUGUCCUUCAACGAUCUCGGUCUCCCCAUCUACCACAGCCGCCCUGGCUCCCCAAACAGAAUGGUGCUUGACUUUGAUGGACACUCAACUUCUUCCAGCAACUACUGGGGCGCCUUCUCUGCGCUUCCGUUUGAUCCAUCCAACGACGGCACCGCGUUCUCUUCAUUUGAGCAGGGCCAGGUUGCUCUCAUCUGGCAGCGUAUGGCCGAGGACUACGCGCCUUUCGAUAUCGACGUCACGACCGAGCCCUUCGAGACGCAAGGACCAACCACCCUCCACGUACUCAUCACAAGAAGCACACAGGCCAAUGGCAGCCCCAUGCCCGCCAGCGAUGCGGGAGGCGUCGCGGUGGUAGAUGUGUUUGGGUCCUUCAGCAUUCAAUACUACUCCCCGGCUCUUGUGUACUGGGACAACCUGGGCGACGGCUAUGACCAAUACGUGGCGCUUGCUGCUUCGCACGAGGCAGGGCACAACUUUGGCCUGAGCCAUGAUGGCUACAAUUCUCAAGGAUACUACGAAGGAAUGAGCGGCACCACGGACGAAAACUCAUGGGGACCCAUCAUGGGUGCACCGUACGAUCGCGCGAUGACCACUUGGAGUAACGGUGACUAUCCUGGUGCAACAAACAUGGAGGACGACGUUGACAUCAUCGCAACGCAGACGGGCUUUGCUGCCGACGAGGCAGGAGACACCCCCGCCACAGCCGCCUCGGUCACCUACGUUGGCGGAAACGAGUUCAUGGCGGAAGGCGUCAUCACUCAGCGCACGGACAAGGACUGGUGGCGGGUGCGGCUGGUGGAUGAAGGUUACAUCAGCGUCAGCGCAACCCCGUGGUACGCCAGCAAGGGUCCCGCCGGCAACAACCUGGACGUGAAGCUGACGCUGUACGACAGCACAGGAGCGCAGGUUCUCGGUGCAACGAGCAGCCCAUCCGGUACCGCGGAUGCGUCACUCACUGCGACGGCGCUGCCAGCUGGCUCCUACUACAUUGAGAUUGACGGCGUUGGCGAUGCGGCUGUGUUUCCGUCUGACUACGGCUCCCUUGGUCAGUACCAUAUCAUGGGGACAGUGAGCACUGGUGUGCCUCCAACCACAACGACCACGACACUGGACACGACCACAACGUCGACCACCCCCACAACCACCACCUCGUCCCUGCUGCAGUGCGAGCUGGACGCGUUUGAGCCCAACGAUGACCCCGACACCAUCGCUGUGCUCAAUGAUGACCAGACGGCGUUCGCCGCCACUAUUUGUGGCGGGGCCGACAUUGACCUGUACGCCAUUGGGCCCAUCGAGGGCGGCGCAACCCUAACCAUCACUGUGCUGUUCAGCCACGCCAGCAGUGACAUUGACAUCAUCCUUAUGGAUAGCCAGGGGGUUGUGGUGGACACUGGAUACAGCGCAAGCGACAACGAGGUUGUGUCUCACACCAGCGCACGCGGGGCAAGCAGUGCGUACAUCCUCGGUAUUGGCAGCUACGAUGAACGGAGCGCAGAAUACAGUGUACAGAUUGUGGUGAGCGAGCCGUCAAACUCAACAACGUCGACCACCACCACCACCACGUACACCACAUCGUCCACCACGUCGACGCUGACGGGCGGCUCGGUGUUUUCCUCUGCAGUACCGACCACCACCACGCCCACGCAGUGCGAGCAAGACGUGUUUGAACCCAACGACGCUGUCGGUGAUGCCACUGUUCUCCCCGAAGGUGCGAGAACGACGUUCACUGCCACCAUCUGUGCCGAUGCAGAUGUUGACUUUUACGCCAUUCCCGUGUGCAGGUACGGCAGUGUUGCGGCUGCCGUGCGCUUUGAUCACAGCCUGAGCGACGUUGACGUUUAUCUCGUUGCCAGCAACCUGGUCACUGUUGACAGCGGCACGAGUUUGUCCGACAACGAGACUGUGGCUCACACGGACACUGCGGGCAUGGGCGGUCCAUACUACCUCAUAGUGUACAGCUACAAUGACAGGAGUACCGAAUACAGUGUCGAGGUGAGCGUGAGCUGCAACAACCUCACCUCAACUUCUGUGAGCGCCACCUCACGCACGUCAACCAUGACAACAACAACAACCACCACAGCAACAAUGACAACAACCACCACAGCAACAUUGACAACAACCACGACCACGACAGCAACAACCACGACGACCAUGGAUUUUGGGUGCGCUGAUGAUGUGUUUGCGGGCAACUACGACUACAAGCACGCCGCAGUGUUGACGGCACAGCAAACGGCGUUUUCGGCCACGCUCUGCGAGGACGACGAAGGAGACUGGUUCCGCGUGCCUGUCCAAGGAGGGGCCACUGUGACGAUUGCGGUGCUGUUCGACCACAUGAUCAGCGACGUGGACGUGGAGCUGCUGACCGAAGGCGGCACGCGUGUGGCGAUUGGCGUGUCAGCAGACGACAACGAGCUUGUGUCGCACACGGAUCAGACUGGCACGGACAGCUUGUACUACCUUGUGGUGUACAGCUACGAUGGCCGCGGUGUCGAUUACACCGUUAACAUUGAUGUGACAAUGUCGACGACGACGACGACGACGACGACGACGACGACGCCUGGACCGACGCCAACAACUGCGCGAACAACAUCGCCAACAACAACAGCAACAUCGACCACCAUGGUGGAUACCACCAUGACCAAGACGACGACGAUGCGACCAACGACAGCAACAACAACAGCAACACUGACGGCGACACCGUCGACCACCACCACGUCACGAACAGCAACGACUGGCACCGUCACGACGACAAUGACAAUGAUGACGACGACGACGACCACCACCACCACAACAAUAACAACAACAACAACAACGACUACCACAACAACGACUACUACAACUACAACUACCACAACAACGACUACUACUACUACUACUGCUACUACUACUACUACUACUACUACUACUACUACUACUACUACUACUACUACUACUGCUACUACUGCUACUACUACUACUACUACUACUACUACUACUACUACUACUACUACUACUACUACUACUACUACUACUACUACUACUACUACUACUACUACUACUACUACUACUACUACUACUACUACUACUACUACUACUACUACUACUACUACUACUACUACUACUACUACUACUACUACUACUACAACAACAACAACAACAACAACAACAACAACAACAACAACAACAACAACAACAACCACGACCACGACGACGUUCCCGCCGCUGUCGUGCCCUGCCAAUGAUGAGUAUGAACCCAACAACAGCCGCGAUCGCUUCUCGUCUGUUGUGGCUCCCGGAACACACUACGGCAUCAUCUGCAGGGGCGAGUACGAUUGGUUCCGUGUGAAUGUGUGUGCAGGCGGCGUGCUGCGCGCGCGCGUGCAUUUGCAAGCCACGACUGCCGAUUCCCUCGACGUUUCCAUCCACAACAACGACGGCUGGCUGUUUAUCAAGGAGCGCAUGCGCAAUGACGACGUCACGGCGACGGUGGAGGUGACGGUGGACGAGGAGGCUCCGUACCUCGUCCUGUUGGACGGGCCACGCAGGAGCGCGUCGUUCCCGUACCGCCUCGACAUUGUGGUGGACGGCUGCAACUGAAGGACCAUCGAGCAGAGGAAAUGAAGACGUGGGGAUGAAGACGUGGAUGAAGAGGAAAGUGAAGUUGGAGGGGGGGGGGGGAAGUGUCGAGGAAGGAGGUUUCACUGAUGAUCGCGCGCGUGUGUGUGUGUGUGCGCGUGUGUGCGUGUGUGUGCGUGUGCGUGUGUGCGCGCUUGUUCUUUGAUAUGUUGUUUCAGGCCUGUGGGGGUAGUGCUUGGGCGGUGUGACAUACGUAACGCAUUAAAAUCACCCUGUGCCGUGUGAG